CGUGUUUAUACUUGUUCUUGAUGUAGUUUCGUGUGGGAUGUGAAUGAACGUUACAUGUAAAAAUCUAACUACCAUUUCUACGGAAAAAUGGAAUUUAUUGGCUCAAAAAUGUACACGAUAGUGGUCGUGAGCUUCUACUGUUUGGGCGUUGUCGGACAAUACGAAUGGCAAGCCAGAGAUGCAUUUGAUGAAAUCCGUUUAAAAAUGGAUAAAAUCAAUGAAGAGAAUUGUCCUAUUCAACAUCUUGGAGAUCUUUAUUUACCGGAGGAUACGGUUUCUCAUUUACCUGACAUCAAAGAUAUUAAUAUUAAUCCUGUAUUUCCAAAUAGGACUGCUUUGCUGCAUCUUCAUAAUAUGGCUCUUAGUAGAUCCUUCUUCUGGAGUUAUAUUUUGCAGUCUAGAUUCAUACGUCCUGCCAUCAAUGAUACGUAUGAUCCAGGCAUGAUGUAUUAUUUCUUGUCAACAGUUGCAGAUGUUUCUGCAAAUCCAUAUAUAAAUGCUUCUGCCAUAUAUUUUUCUCCAAAUAUGUCUUAUUCACCAUCAUACAGAGGCUUUUUCAACAAAACUAUGCCCAGAUUUGCUCCACGAACUUUUAGAGCUGAUGAUUUUAAUGAUCCCAUACAUUUGGAAAGAAUAUCCACACGGAACACAUUCAACGUACAAGAUCUUGGUGCAUUUGCCAGUGGUAGUCUAAGCGAAGAUUAUACGACAGAUUAUUAUCGUAUAAACGAAUGGUAUAAGAAAUGGUUACCAGAUAAUGUUGAUAGGAGACAUGACACUAAAACCACUUACCAAGUUGAAAUUCGAUAUGCUAAUAAUACUAAUGAAACAUUUACAUUUCAUGGACCACGUGGCGCGGAUGAAUAUCCCGGACCUGUGAAAUGGACCAGACCUUAUUUUGAUUGUGGUAGAUCAAAUCGAUGGCUUGUAGCAGCAAUUGUACCUAUUGCAGAUAUUUAUCCAAGACAUACUGGAUUUAGACAUAUUGAAUAUCCAACUUAUACUGCGAUAUCCGUAAUAGAAAUGGAUUUUGAAAGAAUAGAUAUAAAUCAGUGUCCUAAAGGAAAAGGGAAUAGUGGUCCAAACAGAUUUGAAAACACUGCUAGAUGUAAAACAGAAACUACAGAGUGUGAACCAUUACAUGGUUGGGGUUUUCGAAGGGGAGGGUACCAGUGUAGAUGUAAACCGGGUUUCAGGUUACCGAAUGUAGUACGACGUCCAUAUUUAGGAGAAAUUAUAGAAAGAGCAACUCAAGAACAAUAUUACAAUGGAUUUGAUUGUUCCCGAAUAGGAUGGAUUCACAAGAUGCUUGUACAGUGGGAAAAGGCAAAACCACAUUUCAGAGAAAAGUAUCUCGAGCAAUAUUAUCAUUACAGGAAUUACUCUACCGGACCAGAAGCGCUAAGAUCCGAGCAAAUUAAUAUAGAUCAAACUUUGAAAUUUAUUUUAAGUAUAAACUCAAAAACCUGCAGAAGUUACACACAGCAAGAUUUAAUAUUAUGCGGAGAUAUAAGCUUUGGUGCUAAAGAAUUUUUUGAAAAUGAAGCAAAAAUGGCUAUCAGAUUGGCAAACUUUAUUAGCGCAUUUUUACAAAUUUCCGAUCCUUAUGAAGUUUAUUCAGGUAAAAGAGUAGCAGAUAGAUCACUCACUGAAGAUCAAAUGAUCGGGGAAACUUUAGCUUUAGUCCUUGGAGAUACUAAGAUAUGGUCCGCUGCAACGCUUUGGGAUCGUAAUAAAUUUACAAAUAGAACAUUCUUUGCUCCAUAUGCAUACAAAACUCAACUAAACACUCGAAAAUUCAAAGUCGAAGAUUUAGCUAGACUCAAUGAUACAGGUGAUGCAUACGUAAAAAAGAAUUAUUUUCAAUUACUGAAAGAAAGGUGGGCAACGAAUUUCGAUGAACUGGAGAAAUAUUAUAUGAAAAUAAAAAUUAGAUACAAUGAAACUGGUGAAUAUCUUAAAAAAUAUGAACAUUAUCCCAAUUCUUAUAGGGCAGCAAACCUGAAUCACGGCCAUUGGACAACUCCGUACUUUGAUUGCAACGGCAAAGUGAAGAAAUGGCUAAUUACCUAUGCAUCCCCAUUUUUUGGUUUGGACAGUUUGAAAGAGAAACUGGAAUUCAAAGGUGUUGUAGCUGUGACCAUGGAUUUACUUCAGCUUGACAUCAACCAAUGCGACGAUGUGUUCUAUGCCCCAAAUGCGUUUAAGGGUACUCACAAAUGUGAUAAAAAAACGUCAUACUGUGUGCCUAUUCUCGGAAGGGGUUUCGAAACAGGUGGAUACAAGUGCGAAUGCAAGCAAGGUUUUGAAUAUCCAUUCGAAGACUUGAUCACAUAUUAUGAUGGUCAAUUGGUAGAAGCUGAAUUCAAUAAUCUAAUUAAUGAUCAAGAAACCAGGUACGAUAUGUUCAAGUGUCGAUUAGCCGGUGCCUCGACCAUUCAAGUUAACCAGGUACUGUUAUUAACAUCGAUAAUAUUAUACUAUUUUGUUAGAAGUAAGUAACUUGUAGUGAUGUAAUACGGUAUGUAGCAAAAGUUCCCGAACUCAGAUUGCAAACACGUUUGAUUUACGUAUUGACAUUUUUCUUUUUAGAUUUUAAACAUUUUAAAUAUUUGAUUUAUUUUAAACAAAUAUAUUAAGGUACAAGAUAUCAUGCUUUCCUUUUUACCGUCUUCCAUUCCACCACGAUAAAUUAUUAAACUUAGAGUUCGGAAACUUUUGUUACAUACUGUAGUAUCGUGACAGUGCAACACACUAUUAUGCCGUCCAUUAAGUUAAACUUUUAAGUUUCGUAAACUAUAUAAUAAUUUAAAUUAAGAAUAUAAUC